UCUAGUUUUCCCAGAUUUCCCUGAGCAGCAGCAGCAGCAGGUUUUCUUCAGCCACUGCAGGAGUCAGGAUCUGGAGCAACUUUACUCACUUUGCCUGCUUAAAGAUUCAGGGCAUGGCUGACUGCUACGAAGAGGGCAGAGAGACAACAGAGAUCAGCAAACUGCUUUGCUCCGAUCAAAAAGAUGCUGUUCUCAGCCCAGAUCCUCUGACUCCCAGACCGGAUCACUGUGACCGCCUCCUAGACGCGAUAGAUCAACAACUUGAUCAGCUGCAGAUUAUGUCUCCAAAACCAAAAAGCAAUGCGGUUCCCACCUCAAAAAAUGGAAAAAACGAAAGUAUGCUGACAUUCUGGGACGUUUCUGUAAAUAACAAGGAAUGCAGAAGAAGUCUGGAUGUGAUCCUCAGGGGCAAAGAGGAAACUGAAGUUUGUCGGGAUCAGGUUGUCUGGAGGCUUCAGAGGCUUCUUGGAGAGACACUUCCUCUUUCAGAGAGGAUCUGCUCUGAGGAAUGUGGAAGAAGCUUCAAAGGGGAGACGACUGACCUGUCUCCAUUUAGAAAUAUGGAUCAAUUAGACAGGGAGAACAAGGCAGAGCGGACAGAAAUGUCUGACAGUGACACUCCUGAAAAUGAUCAAAACUGGCAAUGUCCAGAGAAAAGAAGGUUGGAAACAAGUGACAUGGUGAUGCCUCGUGGUUUGCAGUCAGAUAAAUCUGAUCCAGAAAGGGAAGACGGUGCGUUUCUUUCUGACAGCUGUGGGGAAAACAUGUCGCAUCGUAAUGAGAAGGCAGGAGCCAGAGAGAGAAACAAGACACCACAGAGGCCUGCAGACAGCAGCAGCGGAGCUGCAACAUGGAGCUUUGAUCUGGACGUCGGGCAGCAGGUCAGGUGGACAGGCAGGCGCAGCAGGAGGAAACAUAAAGGGCAAAAAAAACAUGCCGGAUGCAAAACUUUAAAUAAAGGGUGUUGCUCCUUCAUGGAGGAUGUUGGUGAUUUGAGUGACAUCUGUGUUGACCACGGUGAUGGUGAGUCAGCUGGAGAGGAAGAGAGAGAAACUCAGUUUACAGCAGCGAGGAGAUUCACUGAUGGACAUGAACAGAUGAAAAGUCUCUCUGCGUCCUCCAACAGUCAGCAGAACAACAGAAAAACCAACAGUGAAAAUAAAGACAGCAGUGAAGACAUUAAAAACCUCAUCAGGACGUCCUCUCCAGUGAGGACAUCGGAGAGGCAGCUGUUAGACUUUAUCGACAUGAAAGAGGAAGUCUUUGACCGGCGACGUCGAUGUGAGAACGAGGAGAAGAAACUCCGAUCAAAGCGGAUUCAGCUGAAAGAAGUUGAGCUUUGUCUCUCUGACCUCCGACAGAAAAAGAAGGAAACCGUUCGGCAGCUAGAACAACUGUCUGCAGAUACGACUUGGAUGCAGAAAGAGAAAAGAUCUUUGGAGUUUGUUCUGAGAAACAGCAGGUACCAGCUACAGCAGUUGCAGAGGCAGACAGAGUCGCAUAUGAAAACUGUGUUCUGUUGGAAGAAGCAGCUGGAGGAGCUUCAUGAGGAGCUGCACGGGGCCACAGAGGCAGGGAGCUCACUGCUGAACAGAUGUGCAUGUCAACAGAAACAGCUGGAGAAAAGGCAUCAGACUGAGGAGCCCCCUUACAUUCAAGUCAGCGAGCUCCAGCACCUACUGGGAGAAUGUAGGACCAAGGUGGGAACACUGGGCGAAAUGUUGGCGCAGAAGGAGCUGCAGCUGAUGGGUCUGCAGGAGGAACGAGACUCUCUGCACGCCGAGAGAGACGGUCUGAUGAGGGAGCUGCAGCUCUACAGAGAGCUGGAAGGAGCUCAGGAGCGGAGGCAGCUUCCGAUCAACGCGGCUCAGAGGAAGCAGCAGACUCCGGCUCGCCUCGCAGGCAGCUUUACCGAGCAGCUGACGGCUGAUCUGGAGAGGUGCGAGACAACGCUGAUGAGGUGCAGAAAUGCAUCAAAGAUGAAAGAAACAAGUCCUGACAGAAGCACUGUGUCUGGGGCAAAGGAAUCUCAGGAGGCUGUUUGCUCCCCCUUGCAUCAUGCAGUGGUCUGCGCUGCUGCACACGUCCCCCAGACGUCUCUUUGUUUCAGCUUCUUUGCUCCCUGCAGAGCACAGUGAAGCAGCACCAGGUAGAAAAUCAGGCUUUUCCAGACUCUCUUAGCUUUGAUGUAUCAGGAUCCUCUCUGAGAGGGGAAUUACCCAAAGGAGAUUUUUGAGGAUAUUUUACUGCUCAGUAUAAUCACAGGCUGUGCAGUGGCAUGCAAAUGUAUUUACACCCCUUGGAGUUUUUUGUGCUGUCUUACUUUGCAACCACAACUCUCCUGUGGGCGAAGGUGACUCAGUGGAUAAAGUAGCUGUCUUGGACUCCAUACGUUGAGGGUUUGAUUACAGCUUUCUCCUGCCACAUGAUGAGAUGCCCUUGGGCAAGGCACUAAAGCCCAAGAGCUGUACUGAUGUGAGUUGACUGGCUUUUAAGAGUCUGGUGUAAAGUGCUUGGAGCUGUACGUAUUCCAGAAAAGCCCUAAUAAAUUUGGCCCAUUCAUAUUUUAUAAUAGACAAAAACAAAUUAGAGUAAAAUUGAGAAGAGGAAAGAAAAGGAGACAUGCUGUGCCAUUUUUUUAUACUUUAUAAUUAAUUUUUUAUUUUUAAUGCGUAUUAAUAUUCGGUUUCCACUGAGUUAAUUCCUUGUAAAAGCAUUCUUUGUGGUAUAACUCCAAAACCACACCACUGAAAUUAUGCUGAAUGUAUUUUAAUGCCAGUCAGUGGCAGCCAUUAUUACUCGCUCACUGUGACAUCUGCAUGUGACGGAAGAAUAAAAGGCAGGUCACUGCGACAUAAGGCAGCAUUCAUCUGUGCUGAGAGAAAGGGAUCUUCCAUGGCCUGUCGAUACAUGAACUGUGAAUGAGUUGUGAGCUGUAAAUUAAAUCAUGCCACUUUUGUUAAAUAACCUGAUAAAACUGUCGUUUGUGACGAAA